AUGGCACAACAGAACACUAGCAACUUGAAGGUCAUCCUCUCAAAACCACCCGAUUGGCAGACCUGUGCUGAUUGUAAGAGGGCAAAGGCAAAGUGCGAACCUGCUGCCGACCCUCAAUCAUGUCUACGUUGCCAGUCAAAAGCAAGACCAUGCAUUCGCAGUUCCAAUCCUCACGGCGGAACUACGCAGAGCAACAGACGUAAUCGAAAGAAACGUUCAGACCGUGUCGAGGGACCUCCUGUAGAAGCAGGAGGCUCCCGGGUCGCUGCUGGACCAGGUCAAGCCUCACAAGCACUGUCUCCAGCCUCUACGGAUACGAAUAUCCAGUCAAACGACACUCAUGAGAAUAUCCCGAUCGAUCCGCGACUCCUCGAAGCCGAUCAAGAGAACCAGAACAAAGACCGAGACAAGGGGAAGGGCAAAGCCAAGGCUGUUGAUGGAGAUGAGGGAGAGGGAGAGGAUCAAGGAUGA